AUUAUAAAUUUUUAUAAAAUCCUAUUUUUUUUAACUUUAAUAUUCGGCACUUUAAUAGCAAUUUCAUCAUAUUCUUGAUUAAGAAUAUGAAUAGGACUAGAAAUUAAUCUUCUUUCAAUUAUCCCCUUGUGGAAAGAUAGAAAAAAUUUAUAUCCGGCGGAAUCUGCCUUAAAAUACUUUAUUACUCAAUCUUUAGCAUCAAGAAUUCUUUUAUUAGCAAUUAUCUUAUCAUUAAAUCUAAAAGAAUUUUUUUUAGAAACAUUUCAAUUCCUAUCUAUUAUCAUAAACUCUGCUCUUUUAACUAAAAUAGGUGCAGCCCCUUUCCAUACCUGAUUCCCCGAAGUUAUGGAAGGAUUAAAUUGAAUAAUAAGAUUAUUAAUAUUAACAUGACAAAAACUAGCUCCAAUAAUUUUAAUUUUCUAUAAUUAUCAAAUAAGACAAUUUUUAUUAAUUAUUAUCCUUAGUUCUACAAUUUUAAGAGGAAUUUUAGGAUUAAAUCAAAUUAGAUUACGUAAAAUUUUAGCAUAUUCGUCUAUUAAUCAUAUCAGCUGAAUAUUAGCAAGAUUAUUACAAAAUCAAAUAAUUUGAGUAAUUUAUUUCUCAAUUUACUCAAUUAUUACAAUUAAUCUCAUCAUUAUUUUCAAAAUUAUGCAUAUUUUCACUUUAACUCAAUUAUUUAAUUCUAUAAAUUUUUCUAAAUCUAUAAAUUUUCCUUUCUCCUUAAAUUUUUUUCCAUUAGGUGGAUUACCACCAUUUAUAGGGUUUUUCCCUAAAUGACUAGUAUCCAAUAAUUUAAUUUUAACCAAAUUUAACUUUCUAAGAAUUCUUUUAAUUGUUUUCACACUCAUCACUUUAUAUUUUUAUUUACGAAUUAGAUUCUCAUCUUUAAUGAUUAAUUUUUACGAAUCAUUAAUUUUUUAUUCAAAAAAAAUUAACUUUAAAAUUUUUUUUGUUAACUUAAUUUCUUUAAGUGGUUUACUAGCUUGCUCCUUAAUUUUUAAUUAUUUUUAA